GGUACCCAACUCCCUAUCAAGAUAUUCGCCGGUGCAAAAAAAAAGAACAAAUCAAACGGUAACGACUGUAAACCACAGCAACAAGCAGCCAUACCUCCACAUGUACUCCAGCACGUGUUGGUUACUGGCAGAAGUCAUGACGAGGCGUCCCAGACCGAAACUCGCCAACCGCUUCCCCAAAGUUCCCUGACCUUGGCUAACCGACUUCAACUAAGCCGAGUUUAUCUUGCCCUUGAGGUAGUUCGGCGCCGAGGUGGACGCCUCAGUUGUGUACAGGAAGUGAGCAGGCAGAAGGAUCAAGGUUCCGAAGCAAACAGCAUCGGAGGCGUUGCAGUAGACCUCGGUCUUGUCAGCCGGGAAAUUUGGGAUCCGACCAGAGUUCUGGAGGUUCUUGGUGUACCCAAACAGCACCACGCCUUUGAUCUGGUCCUGCACGGCCGAAGACAGCUCGCUGAUAGCGUUGGACAUGACUGCCGUUCCCUGGCUGUGUUUUUUUAAAGCGAUUCGCAUCCUUUAUUAUCAAAUAGGUGAGUGCGGGAACGGGAUGCAAAAGGGACAACAUCUUGAAAUCCGAGGAAAAUCAGGCGGGGCUCUAACGAGAACGCGAAACAUACCAUGUUGCCAAUCUCGCCAGAAGCCCGGGCAAAGAUGAAGAUGACACUGGGGCAUGCUGCGGAGUUGCCCGACGUGAGGUCGUUGCGCGUAGAGCUCAACUGGCGCGCUUCCAGCUCGGAAGGUUUCUCGCCAGUGAUGACGACUGGAGAGGCCGAGACCAGGGCGAUGAGGGUGAGAGCGGCGGUGAUGAACUGCAUUGUUGCGAGUGUGUAUGUGGCGGCGUUGAUAUCUGAGCUGGGCUGGGACUGACUGGCGGCGUGAGUUCUUUAUUCAUCCCCAGAAGGACGGAGAUGAGGCUUGGUAUAUAUAGAGAAAAGAAUGAUUGUAUUUUCUAGGUGUUCUCCACCAUCUGCUUCGCCAAGAAUAUUCCCACCCUCCCUUGCGAAGUUGCGAAGCCCCUGAACCUCGGUUCGCAACGCUGAAAAUCAUCAUCACCAGCCAUGUAGUAAUUAGAGUGCCAUGGCGAUGAUCUCGAGAGACC